UGGAAGGCUUACACGUUUGAGGAGGUCGAGAGGGACGCUCAGGAGAGGAGAUUUUGUUCGAUGGUUGUGGAGAAGGUGCCAACGAUGAACAGGUGUCCAGCUUGCAUUGCCUACAGUUGGAACCCGUACUAAGUAGGAAUUUGCGGAGUAGUGUUGAACUGGAUAGGGUGAGAUUCUGCCUUCAGCUUGACAAUCCCACUGCUGGAGCAACCGCUCUUCUUUGCUUUCAGAGAAACAGCAAAGAGGUUCUCUUAACAGCACAUCAGUGAUACUUCAGGAUGUCACACGAGCAUCAUUCCAUGCCGCAUAUGGACCAUCAUAUGAAUGGCUCAGCAAUAAGCACCGCUGAUCCUCAUGCGCACCAUCACACAACGCCAUCAACAGAGCACUCACAUGGUGGAGGCAUGAUGAUGGACAUGACCUUCCACUUCAGCUAUAAGAAUGUGCCUUUGCUGUUUUCUGGGCUUAUCAUCAAUACAGCUGGAGAAAUGGCUGGUGCAUUUGUGGCUGUCUUCUUCCUGGCCAUGUUCUAUGAGGGCCUGAAGAUUGCCCGAGAGAGCCUCCUCCGGAAGUCACAGGUCAGCAUCCGCUACAACUCCAUGCCUGUCCCAGGACCAAAUGGUACCGUCUUGAUGGAGACUCACAAAACAGUUGGGCAACAGAUGCUGAGCUUCCCUCACAUCUUCCAGACGGUGCUACACAUCAUCCAAGUGGUGAUCAGCUAUUUCCUCAUGCUCAUCUUCAUGACCUACAAUGCCUACCUUUGCAUCGCCGUGGCAGCAGGUGCGGGCACGGGCUACUUCUUCUUCAGCUGGAAAAAGGCAGUAGUGGUGGAUAUCACGGAGCAUUGCCAUUAACGCUGGCAGUGGGUUUAAGCUUCUCCCUGUAACCUCCAGAAGGACAAGGGUCACCCCCAAGCUUACUGGAAGCAAUGCCAAGAAAAUCUAUGGGAUGCUCUCAAUAACUUUCUGGGGAUGUGACCCCUUUCCCAUGCCUCUUGCUUCCUGCUCCUCCCUGAGGAAGUGGCUCCCUAAGGGAGCCAUUCUCCAGAUAGGGUGGCUUACUUGGGAUGGUUGGCUUGUAUAAUAGAUACAAUUAGUGGUUUUUGAUUUUUAUUUUUUAGAAUUUACCAUGAUGGAAUUAGCUAGCAGGCUAACAUAGAAUAUAAUUAGUUCUACAUCAUUUUAUAAUACUUCAAGCAGCAUAUGCUUGGAUUGCCGAUGGGGGUGGGGGAAAGCUUAUUGAGGGGUCUUAAUCUGCUAUUGAUGGGAGCCAUGAAGCUGCUGCCAUCUUAGUACAAGUACCUCUAUCCAGCUACACAGCUGAGGCCUCUGCCAUUCAGUGCAAGGCAUUCCUGGUCAUUUGUUCACUCUAGGGCCAAAUCUAGCUUUAUGCCCCCACCCCUCAGCCAGUGGUGAUGCUGGAUUGGCUCUGGCCCUAGGUAUUGCCCAGCUGUCUCUGAUGUAGCAAAGCCCUAAUAGCUGCUUUCCCCAAGCAGCCUUGGGCUUUACAUAUCACUUGUACAGUUGUUCAGGGGCAGCAUGACGCUGACAGGUUAUGUCUGUUGUGACUAGCUGCUUCUGAAACAUAUAAACUGAACGCACAUCCACUUUUUUAAAAAAAUCCUGUUUUAAAUAAAUGUAUGGAACAAGCACUGGCUUGGUUCUGGUUUGCAAGCAGAAAGAGACAGCAGUUUUUGCAAGGGAGCCUGUAUUAUUUAAAUUCAUGACUAGAACUACCUCAUGCAAGAUCGAGGUUAAGCAGCCUUAUGUUGUACCUGCAGUUACAAUGAGGGGGGAGUGCAUUGGUCUAUUCCUGUGGCUUUCUGUGUGUUCAGCCCACGUAGACAGAGAGCAACACAGGAAUCAUGUACAAAUAAGAACUCCAGCCCUAGAAGUAGAUUCAUUUUACAGGCCUUGGUUUACAAUUUCAGACAGGAAGCUUGCAGGAGACUGCUUCUUCCAUUGUCCCUCUUGGGGGAGGAACGUAGUGAGUUAUGAGUUACUUUAUUUUGCUGGAUCAAAACCCAGAAAAUGGACCCCUGAUGAAAAAACUACCCCAAGAUGAGGUGCAGACUCUAGCAGCUAUUUCCAGUAUGUUCUGGGGCAUAACCUGGAGAAAACAAGUUGGUACAGAUCUAUCUAUCUUUGGAACUUUCUUUUGGGGCACCCAAGAUUACCUGCAUGGAGCGAUUCAAGAGAGAUGAGAGUGCUAAUAUGUUUUAUACUUUGUAUUAAAUGAUGACAAUUCAUCCCUAAAACAUCUUCUGUGUAUGGAGGCAAGCAUUUUCCUCCAACCUGCACUAGCCUUCUUAUAGUGGCAGCUGCAUCUGAGAAAAUAUCAUUCCACCCACCCUGAUUCCUCAAAAAUUAUGGUAAGCAGUAGAGCUGACUUGGUAACUACAGAUUUUAGUUCCUUGCUGCUAAAUUGCUAUUAUGGUGCUGUGUGAUGGCAUGGUGUGUCAAAGUCCAGUGUACCCAUCUAAAGUUUAAAUAACCCGACUUCAUACCUUUUUGUAUCCGAGUACUGAGUGACCUCCAGCAACCCAUGGUACACAGAUCCUCCUCAAGAAGGCUGCAGGGCUGUGCUGAUGCUAUUCAGGCUAAAUCAACCUGCAGCGCAAGGAAUAAUAAAAAAACAGAAAAACAAACCUACCAUCUCUCUUAUUUGAUACAGGGACCAGACUCAUAGCAGGGAGAAAAGAGGGCACCAAACCUUGCCAUUCAGAGUUAACUGUGUUAUAUGCCGUUGUUCAUUUUACUUCUAGAAAUGGUAAAAAUAGCUGGCUUGGAGCAAAGCCUACAAAUCCAGCUAGUUCUGACAUAGACUGUGGCAGUAAUUUAGUGCUCUGGCUUACUGAUUUCUCAGUUGGUGUUUGCAAGGUGUUGCUUUAAUCUCUGGUAGUUCAGUUGAAAGCCUGUUGACUUGACAGACUUCUGGCUUUGAUGUCUCUGCUGCAGAAAUCCCCUGGCUUUGAGUCAGUUAAGUUUUGUCUAAAUCUACAGCAAAAAUGUAAGCAAGAAAACAUGGGGGUGGGGGGAGUUUAUCCCUCAUUCCAAUAAAGAUGCUUUAUGAAGGUGCAUGGGAGAGAAUGAUUACUUGCCUCAGCAAGGAGUUGUCAAACAGCAUAAAAAUGAAGUAGCUUACACACAGAAACCAAAGAGGGCUUUGAUUGACACUUGUUUGUCCUAUGUUGCAAGGUAUGAAGCCAACAACAAUGCAAAGGAAACAGGCAGGAUCAGCCCUGCCAUAAGCUGAAUUAGUCUGGGUGGGGGCAAAAUUCCCAGGGGCAACUGCAUCAGCGAUGUAAAUUUCUCAGAAAGCAGAACCAUUGCCUGUACUCUUGGAUGGGUGAUUUCCCCUACCUUCCAGGAAGGGCAAGCAAGAGCCUUUUGAUUACUACCGGAUAGAUAGAAUUGUGAUGAGCAUUCAAAGAGGACUGGUGGCAUUUCUGGAAAGAUGCCCUCCGGAUUAUGGCUCAUAGCUGCUUAUGCCACGAUAAAUUCCUUAAGUCUAACGAUUCCCAAAGAUGCUUGUUCGUUUAGUAUGCUGGUAUUUGCUCAGCUUGUAAAACAAUGUUACUGAUUUGCCAUGAGCAACAUAAAAACCUUGAACUGGGUGUAGUUACAGGAAAGAAAAUGUGCUUGGCAGUGUUUUGAACUGAAUGCUCAUCAUCAGGUUAGGACCAAAAAGAACUAUAAACAUCCCUUUCCUCUGCAAGGAAGGGAUCUCAGCUUGAAAUGCAUUGUGACUAUGUGGAGGCAAAAGUUUCCUGAACUAGUUUGGUAUAUCUUGAUUUUACCACCCAAUGCAAGCUCCAGGCAAACAGGGUUAAACAGCAGGCUCUGCUCGUGGCCUCAUGCUGCUUCCUCCUACAGCCCCACAGAAUCAAUAUAACGAGUAGAACGGAGACAACUGCUAGCUGCAUUGAAGCCACUUAUAAACUAGACUUGCACAAAGCCUCUCACAUAAGGUGAGCAAGGAUUUUUUUGCAAGCUGCCUGGAUGGAAAGUUUUUAUAAAAUAGAAGGGAGAUUGACUUUCUGCCCCUCGGUGUGGUACAAAUAAGUGACAGUGGUAAAUGUGGACAGAUCAGCUUAGAAAUUGUACUAGCCUAUUAGUCUUGCUACAGAGUUUUAAUCUGUACUAAUGAGGUCAACCAACCAUAUAGUAUGAGUUACCUUUAAAGACAAUUCAGCUAACUGCCUGUACUGGUGGAUGUUCUAGGCCUACACAAAUUCAUCAGUGGUCACCACAUGUUACCCGAUACCCAACAGCAACUGAACCAAUCAAGGCAGAGCCUGGGCUCCCAGACCCUCAAGCAGCCAUCUAUUUACAGAUGUAUACAAAGGGCAUACAUCAUAAGAUUCUCUGUGUACCAAGAAAAAUCUGUCUUCUCCCACUGUACUCAUCAGUUAAUGACUGUCUUGUGUAUGAUGCUGGAAGCAAUGUAAUGCUGUAUUCACCUAGCCCAUCCUAUUUCAAGCAGGAUUGGGCUUGCUGCUAUAGUCAAACAUGUCUAAUGGACAAAUGGUGCCUUUUCCAAAACAUGCCAGGGUCAAUGUGUAUUAGCAAAUCGAUAGGCUAGAGACUGCCCAUCUCAUGCUACUGUAUACUGAUAAUCAGUCUGUAUAUCACUAAUAAAGCAGAGUAUAUCUUCUAA